CGAAGCACCCACUCGCUUUGGCACUGCCCAACUAAAUGAACCAAAGUUUGCUCAAGCCUGGAGAGAGGCACGAGACAUUAACGGGGCACCACAAGGGGCGGUGAGUACGCCAGCUUAUCCCUUCUUCAGGGUAAAACAUGACCUGCUCUAUCGAGUCUGUAACCCACAGGGGGAGGAAGUCGAACAGCUGCUCAUCCCACAACCGUUUGUGCCCCGAGUCCUCUACUUAGGCCACACUCACCUGCUGGGAGCCCAUCUGGGGAUGGAGAAGACCUACGAGAGGAUCCUGGCGAGGUUCUAUUGGCCCGGGGUGAAAAAGGCUGUGGAGGACUACUGCCGACACUGCGCCGUGUGCCAACUCCACAGCCCUAAGGUAACCCUUCGAAACCCACUAAUCCCCCUGCCGGUCAUUGACGUACCCUUCAGGAGGAUUGCGAUGGACAUCCUGGGGCCCUUGCCGAAGUCCAGCCGGGGACAUCGAUACAUCCUUGUGAUCCUGGAUUACGCAACCCGCUACCCGGAAGCUGUCCCGCUCCGGACCGCGACAGGAAAAGCGGUCGCCAGGGAGUUGUUCCUGCUUUUUAGCAGGGUCUGGAUAGCGGAGGAACUCCUGACAGACCAAGGAUCGUGCUUCAUGUCAGGGGUCCUAAAAGAGAUGUGCCGGCUGCUACAGUCCAAGAGGUGCCCCAGAGCACGACCGGCUUCGCCCCUUUUGAACUGCUAUAUGGAUGACGACCCCGGGGGUUACUAGACCUAGCGAAGGAGGCCUGGGAACUGCAACCGUCCCGAACCCGCAGCCUGAUCGAGCAUGUGGAGCAGAUGGACCAUGAUGAGGGCCCACAUGGAACGGGUACAACGGGAGCAAGCCAGGCUGUAUA